AUGUCACAACCUUCAAGUAUCCUAAGUGAAGCUCAGAGCAAAAUAUUGACAACACCUUGUUCUACACAAGGCCAAGUUGAAGAGUUAACGAACCGAGAUUGUAAUUUGAUGUACACUUCAAAUCAAGUGAGAAUACUUCUAUCGACCCUCCAUAUCCUUUUUAAUAAGAACACUAACACCCCAUACGCCACGAUGUGGGUCGACAACAAAGGCAUUAAAAUAUUUACAGAAGAACGUGGUGUGUUUCAAACGAUCAUUUUCUGGCAGAAGGACUUAUUCACAACAUUUGCGGAUAUGGCGAACGAUACCGAUCUCCACAUCCACUUCCCUAUGAAAGAGUUUUUAACAUUCUUUGAGACAAUGAACUACGAACAAAACACAACCCUCACGUUAUGCAUUUCAGUGAAUAACGAAUUGUUGUUACAACUCAGCGACCCCAUUGUAACAGCCAGAAUCAAAAUUCAGAACAUCGCAGAUUUACAACUUCCUACACAUGUAUUCGACUUUAAUAAUUAUCCAACGACAUUGUAUCUCACUUGUCAGUCACUGGUAUUACUCCCUAUAUUCUCUUCAUUACCUAAAAACCACAUUUUCAUUAACUUCGAAGCAUCAAGAUUGGGAGAGUUGAAUAUUAACUCGGGUUCUCCAACAGACUCCAUUGAAACUAUUUAUAAAAACACUUCAUUUGAGCACUUCGAGUGUUCCCAAAACAUUUCUGCUCGGUACCGACUGUCAUUCUUCAAAAACAUUAAAAAGGCAGUGAAGCGCUCAAAGCAGGUGACUCUUCUGAUCAACCAAAACAAAUUAAUGUAUAUCGAGUGCUCUUUUCUGUCACAAGAUAGAAAUGUGAAUGCAGAAAUCGCGUUUUAUGUAUCAGGGCAAGUAGACGACCUCCCCGAUGUAGCAGCAAAACAAGAGGAGACUCAAAACAGUCAACCAAAGACUUCAUCAGAAACAAAACUCUCACAGAAGCUUUAA